AUGCCUCGGAUAGUGGUGAUUGUCGCGUGGUGUUUCCUGCAAGUGGAAGGCCGGCGCCCGGAGCUGCCCCCCAGCCCCCACCACGGCAAUGGCCAUUUCUGGGACAACGACAAGUGGCUCAGCACCGUGUCGCAGUACGAGAGAGACAAAUACUGGAACAAGUUCCGGGAUGAUGAUUAUUUCAGAAACUGGAACCCAAACAAACCAUUUGAUCAAGCCCUUGAUCCAUCCAAAGAUCCAUGUUUGAAGGUAAAGUGCAGCCCACAUAAAGUGUGCGUCACUCAUGAUUAUGAGACAGCGAUUUGUGUAAGCCGUAAGCAGCUGGUACACAGUCUUUGGCAAAAGAAAGGAAAUCUGGCCCCGAAACAUUGGAUUGGACCAGCUAAUUUAGUCAAGUGCAAGCCAUGCCCAGGGACGCAUUCCAGCCCAGUCUGUGGAUCUGAUGGACAUACUUACAGUUCCAAGUGCAAGUUGGAGUUUCAUGCCUGUACGUCUGCCAAAACUAUCGCAGCGCGAUGUGAGGGGCCCUGCCCAUGCCUUCCAGGACAAGAAAGUCCAAAACACAAGGCGGAGAAGACGGCUUGCACAGACAAGGAGCUGAGAAGUCUUGCUUCCCGAUUAAAAGAUUGGUUCGGUGCUCUUCAUGAGGAUGCAAAUCGUGUCAUUAAACCAACAAGUUCGGACACAGCACAAGGCAGGUUUGACACCAGCAUACUGCCUAUCUGUAAGGAUUCUUUGGGCUGGAUGUUCAACAAGCUGGAUAUGAACUAUGACCUCCUGCUGGAUCAUUCAGAGAUCAAUGCAAUUUAUCUUGAUAAAUAUGAGCCGUGCAUUAAACCCCUCUUCAACUCAUGUGACUCCUUCAAAGACGGGAAGCUUUCCAACAACGAAUGGUGCUACUGUUUUCAGAAACCAGGAGGUCUCCCUUGCCAGAAUGAAAUGAACAGGAUUCAAAAGCUAAGUAAGGGGAAGAGUCUGUUGGGUGUUUUCCUGCCUCGGUGCAAUGAGGAAGGAUAUUACAAAGCAACCCAAUGUCAUGGAAGCACAGGGCAAUGCUGGUGUGUUGAUAAAUAUGGCAAUGAGAUAGCCGGCUCAAGAAAACAAGGGACCAUUAGUUGUGAAGAAGAGCAAGAAACUUCAGGGGAUUUCGGCAGUGGUGGAUCUGUUGUAUUAUUGGAUGAUUUGGAAGAGGACCGUGAAGGAGCGAAAAAGGACAAAGAAGGGAAAAUGAAGAUCCAUGUAAGAGCAACUAAUGAGGAUGAUGAAGAUGAAGAUGACGAUAAGGAUGAUGAAAUUGGUUAUAUAUGGUAGUUGUCACAGUUCUGAGGACUCAUGUUUUGCACAAUACUGCAAGUCACUUCAUAUCUCUGCAAUUGUAUCUAAGAACAUCAGGCACAAAACAUUCUCUCUCCACUCUGUUUAAUUUUGUACAGUAUAUAUAAUUUUCAAGAUGUCUUUUUUUCUGACUAGCUACUGGUUUGAAUACAGUUAAUUGUUUUCUCUAUCAAUGGGGCUAUGAGUUUUGUUAGUUUGGUUUAAGCAAAGUUUCAUAACUUAAUUCCUGCCCGCUCUACUUGUGAAAUAGUGCCCAUGGGAUUAAAAAAAAAGAAGAAGAGAUAAAAGACAAACCAGUGCAAGAAUUAGAAGCCUGUUUUAUGUUAUGUUAACACUGGAGAAGUUUUGUCAUCACUGGUAACUGAAUUUUCUGAUUGUGCUAUAAGUAAUUGCUUUUCUUUUAUACAGUAGGUAAUAUAGAAAAGCAGGUGUCAUAAUUUCUUUCCUGUGUCUGGCAUUUGUCACUUGUAUAGUAACUUCUGGCUUGCUAAUACUGAUGGUUUUAAAUCAGGAAGAAAUCCAUCAGUAUUUUUCCUCAAAUGUGAGGGAUCAGGUCAUUGUCACUUAGUUUCUGCAGUAAACAGUAUGAUCUUGAUCUUGAGCUACCACUGACUUCGAGUCCCACUGCAAGGGAACACAAUUUAACCCCCUUCCGGAAUGUUGGCAUAUUUUGCAAAUCUAGAUUGUUCUAUCCAUUUUCCAACUAGCAAAUCUUGGGUUUCUGUUUUAAUUAGUUUGCACUAAUGUCAUGCAAGCUGCCUCUGUUUCUGGAAUAACAUGCCGGUGAAUCUGCUGGAAAUGUCUAUUCUUCUGAGUAACUUCUCAUUUGUAAUCUAGGAAGCUGUCAAAAAUACUUACCAUCAAAAGUAAUAAGCUGUCUCUUCUUUAUUUUACAUUGUUAAUAUUUAUUUAGUCUGUUUUAAAACAGCUUUAGAUAAGUUUCCGUCUAACAUUCUUUCUGCUUAAUAUGACAUAUGCCUUUCUAAUGCACACCUAUAAAAUAGGAGAAUAUUAUUAACAUGGAAUCCUAUGAUUCUGUAAAUCUGUUCCCAUUUAUUCAUAUCUUCACAGCUGUAUCACAGUGUUCUGAAACUAAAUUAUUUACUGCCCUUCCUUGUUGAAAGUCAUUGGUACAAUGAACUUAACAUAUCGUGCCUCUUACUCCUUUUGAUAUUUUAUCCAG